UCAUUUUCCUACCGUUGCAAGCAAUAACUUAAAUAUAUAUACACACAUGCGUCACAUAAUAAUUUUAUAAAUUCCCCAUUUCUACGUCACACCACUCCGCUCCCACACAGGAUUCGGUUGAAAUCUCAUAUUUGAAUCCACUAUGGGCCAGAUCCAGUACUCCGAGAAGUAUUUCGAUGAUACGUUCGAAUACAGGCAUGUAGUCCUGCCUCCAGAAGUUGCGAAGCUUCUUCCGAAGAAUCGUCUUUUAGCCGAGACGGAAUGGCGUGCAAUUGGAGUGCAGCAGAGUCGAGGAUGGGUGCACUAUGCCAUUCACCGCCCAGAGCCGCACAUCAUGCUUUUCAGGAGGCCACUCAACUACCAGCAGAACCAAGAGAACCAGGCUCAGGCUCACCAGACCCUGCUAGCCAAGUGAUCCAACUAGUCUUUUGGUAUAAACCCACAUCUCAUUUCGUGUUAGAAAUGAGUAAAGGAUUUAUAAUCUGGUCUAUGAAUCUUGUUUCAGGUUGUUAUGUUACUGCAAUCUGCUCUUUUAUCAUGUUUCUAGAAUGUUUCUCUUUGCCAUGGAGAAAUUACUAUUCUGCUCUUCCAUUGUGCAUCAUGAUCAUUUAUAUAUAUAUAUCCAAUUUCUAAUUUUAUUUAA